CAACGGUGGGCAAAUAGGGCUAGGGACACGGGGACAUGAGGGACACAGGGAAAGAGGGACAGAGACACAGGGAUGGGGACACAGGGGUAUAGGGACAGAGGGACACGGGGAUGUGGGAAUGCAGGACCACAAGGAGCGGGGCACGGGACAAGGACAGGACAUGGGGAUGGGGGCACGGGGACAGGGACACAGGGAUGUGGGGAUGGGGACAGGGACUGUGCAGUGAUUGUGGUGUGGCAUUCGGUGACCAUGGGGUGACCACACCCCUGGGGUGGUAUGACAUGAUCAACAGUCAUUGUCACCAUGCUGGUUGCCACAGUGACAGUCCUGGGACAGUGUGUGGGACAGCUAACUGGCUGCUCCCCAAUCAGCCUGGCUUGGGGCCCCGGGUUCUCAGGCUGCAGCCAGAGCGCAGGACCCCAGCCUUGGCCUGUCCCAGUGCUAGACAGGCCGGACCUGGGCAGAGACUGGCGUCGUGCUGGCCAGGGACAGUCUUGGCAUGGGGACAGCUGCGUGUCUGCACCGUCCGAGCUCCCGCCUGGGCUCUGAGGCCCCUGCUGCCGCCACAAGGCCUCGCACUGUCGCUUGGACAAGCCCUUUCCUCAGAGCUGCUGGCCUUCUGCGUGAGCCCCCUCCUAGCUGCCGCCACCCCAUCUUCCCAAGGCUCCCCCACUUCUCCUCAGGGGUCAGCCCAUGUGGCCUUCGCAGCCCUGCCCUCAAGAGCCCGCCCUCCCCCGCGGUCCUUCACUAGGGGCGCAACGUGGCCCAGGGCAUCACCCAGCGGCCCAGAGGCUGGGAGAGGCCUGGGUGUGUCCCGGCUGGGGGGGGGGGGGGUGGGGGCAGCUGGGACACUGGCAGGUCUCUCCCACCUCCCCGUGACUCAGCAGUGGCCCCUAGAGGACAGGCGGCUGGGUGCAUGUCCCCUGCCCCAACACCACGCCCUGGAGCCCUCUCCCGCUUCCUGUGUCUCCAAGGUGACCGUCUCCGUAGCGACACGGUGGGUGGCAGGAACCUGGAGGACCCGGAGAAAAGGCAUAACGAGCCCGGCGGGGCGGGGGAGGUCGGGCCCAGAGUCCAGCCCCGCCCGGGCUGUCACGUGA